AUGCUUCCUGCUGUAUUACUUCUGCUGUUCGGUACGGAAAGCGUUUCUGAUGCGGCGCUAGCUUGCGCGGGCAUCGGGCUCCUGACUGCGCUCGUGUUUGGCUCACAGCCGCGCGGCAGCACCUCGCCGAGGACGUCUGAAGACAUCACGGAUAGUCUCCGGGAGGACCACCGCGGUCGCGUUGGCGAGUCUGAGACGGAGCAGCGCCCCAACACGCACAGCGAAGUUCAGCUCGGCGACGCGCGCGACAGCGCGGCCAUGACGUCCGUCCCUCGGGAGCCUUCGUCGACGAAGAUAAGCGCGUGGGUGGAGGGCGAGAUGCGGCGGCUGUACGAUGCGGCCGCGAUGCAGCGGCUCGACAUCACGGCGCUGAAAGCCGAAUGCAGCGAGCUUCAGGCCAAAGUUCAGGCGCACCGCGAGCACUGCGCAGCGCUGGUUCGCCGGGCGACCGCCGCGGGAAAGCGGACGGACCCGUUCUUCUGCGUGCCGUCCAUCAGAGCCCAGCGGGCCGUCGCUUCCCGCUCCGUGAGUUCGUCCUCUUCCGACGAAGUCGACGAGCUGCAGAUCGUCGUGGCCGAGCUGCAGAGGGUGAGGCUGGAGAAGGCGACUCUCUCCGCCACGAACGACGCACUGAACAAGGAGAACAGCGGCCUGAAGGACCUUCUGUCGUACGCGAUGUCGCAGAUGCAGGAGGACGCCGCAGAUCACGACGCGGCCCUCGUGGACCAGGCGUUCGUGGCUGCAGCGUCGUUCGACUGCGACUAUGACAGCAGCAGCGGCGACGUGCCGCCGGCGCCGCUGCACUCGAUCGACGAGGCGUCGCGCGAAGUGUUCGGCUCAGGGUGGACUCGCGACAUCCGUCACCUCGGGCGGCCGUCAAACGCGUACACGCUGCCGACGUACGCGUGGCCCCGCAGCCACCCCCUCCGCGACCUCGAAGAGCGCCCGUCGCCCCCGAAGCUGACGCAGCCACACCGCCUCUCGCGCGCCAGCCUGUCACUGCGGGCCCCGGCCGCAGGGACGCGCCCCGCGCAGCCCGCCUCAACAACGCCCGUCUGCUGCGGGCCGCACAGCUUCCUCUCCACCGGCGGCCACGAGCGCUCCGCCACGACCGAGUCUCUCUGCCUGCGCGACGUGUCCAACAUCAUGCCCACGGACUCGUCCGGGCCCGAGACCAACAGCCUGCGCCCCAGCCUCACCGUCGAGGACGUCGUGCAGCAGCUGGAGACCGCGGCACCGGCAUCUGCGCGGGCCGCGAGCCCCGACGCCUCGCAGCACGGCAGCCGCGGCGUCCCGCGGUCGCGGUCGCAGUCCACGGGCGAGGACUCCCCCCGGACCCCGAAGCUCGUCGGGCCGCUGCGCAGGGCGCGCGCGCCGUACAGCGGCUCGCCGUCCUCGCGGUUCCCCUCGCUGGACCGCGCGCAGUCGCUCGACGUCAUGUCGGUCGAGGAGUGGCUCAUGCAAGUGAGCCCGCAGAUGACGGAGCGGCGCGACCACAAGGGCGCAGGCGCUGCAAGUGCGGGGAGCGACGGGGAUCCCGCGGCGGGGCGCGCGGCGGACGCGCACAGCGUCACUCCGGCGCCCGCGCCGCAGCCCGUCGCCUCCGCGACCCCCCCCACGGCGCAUGUCGCCCCCGCGCCGGGCGGGCGCUCCAAAGCCCCGCCGUCGCGCCUGCCGCGGCUCGGGCGACCGGACCGGAGCGGCUCGGAGGCGCGCACGGUCGCAGCGACGCGCAGCGAGGCGGCGCCGGCGGUGGGGAAGCCGCAGGGUCUGCUGGAGCCUCUCAGUGGGAACAGUUCGGAGUCUCAGCUGAGCGAGGGGCCGGACGUGCCGCUUGAGUGGUGA